AGGUCUCUCCUUGAUACACCAUGGCAUCUCAACCCCUAACCCCCUCCUCAUCCACCACGGGCUUCUUCCAGACCCUCCCCGUCCUCCCACCGCAAUACACCGCUCCCUCCUCUACCACCACCACCACCAACACCAACCCCCUCUUCACCUCCGACGACAAAAUCCUCGACCGCAUCCUAAACCUCUACCUCCCCUCCACCUCUGCCGCCGCCACCACCCCCGUCCACCAACACCUGCACCGCCUAGCCCGGCUCUCCCUCCACCCCUCCAUCCUCAAACACUCAAUCGACGCAGAAACGAACCUCCCCUUCCUCCGACCCCUCACCACCUUCGGUAACGAGAACAAAACCGACCCGCUCGUCACCGCCGCCGGAUGGACCUUCCUCAAGCAGCUCGGCUUCAAAGAGGGCGUCGUAGCCGUCGCCUACGACCCCUCCAUCCAAACGCUCAACAGGCGCAUCUACGAGUUCGCCCUCGGCCACAUCUGGACGCCCACGGCGACCAUGACGGGCUGCCCCAUGGCCAUGACGGACGGCGCCGCGUUCCUCCUCUCGCGGCACCUGGAUGACGCCGACGGCGAUCAACCCGGCCGCGCCGCCGUGUUUCGCGAAGCGUAUCGCCGACUCACGAGCCGCGAUCCAGCCGUUGCCUGGACGAGCGGGCAGUGGAUGACGGAGCGGACGGGCGGGAGCGACGUCUCUGGCACAGAGACGGUAGCGCGGCGGUUAUCGGCGCAGGAAUUGCGGGAAGAGGAGAAGGCAGGACGCACGCAGGAUGCGGCCGGUAUGCCGCUGGGGCCGUGGCGCAUCGACGGCUUCAAGUGGUUCAGCAGCGCGACGGAUUCCGAGAUGGCGAUUCUGCUGGCGCGCACGGCAAAGGGCGGCCUCAGCGCUUUUUACGCACCCAUGAGACGUAGGACUGGGGAGAGGAUGGCGUCUAUCGACGACGACGGCGGGCAAGGAGAGGGCGAGGGAGAGGGUGAGUUCGUCACGGAGCUGAAUGGCGUGCGCAUCCAGCGCCUCAAGGCCAAACUCGGGACCCGCGCCGUGCCGACUGCCGAACUCGAAUUGUGCGGUUUGCCCGCCUACCUCAUUGGCACCGAGGGCCAGGGCGUCAAGGAAAUCUCGGCCAUCUUGAACAUCACGCGCUUGUCCACGGCGGCGGGCUCCAUUGCGAAUUGGGCCCGCGGGCUCGCCAUUUGUCGAGCGUAUAGUCGUGUACGGAGAGUGCGCGGAGCCUUGCUGAAAGACAGUCCCCAGCACUGCCAGUGGAUGGCCGACGAAACGGUAAGGUAUUACGGCGCGGCGCACUUUGCGUUCCUGGGGGUUGCGCUGCUGGGCGCGACGGAGCAGGAUUGGGACAAGGUGGUUAGAGAUACGCCGGGUGCGUCGCUCAUACCCAGGGAGAAGGCAACAGUCGGGGCGCUGCUGCGCCUACUUACGCCCGUCAUGAAGGCCCAGUGUAGCGUCUCCAGCGUCCAUGGAUUGAGGGAAUGCAUGGAAUGUCUCGGGGGAGUGGGGUAUUGCGAGAACAAUGAGGAUGGCGGGGUUUUGAAUGUGGCGAGGGUGUAUAGGGACAAUAUGGUGAAUCCGAUUUGGGAGGGGACGGUGAGCGUCAUGGCCGAGGAUGUGGUGAGGGUGUUGAUGGAUAGGCGUGUUGGAAAGGGAGAUGUCGUGCGCAGCAUUUUUGUGCCGUGGGUCGAGGGCGUGCUUGGUGCUGCUGCUAUUGGAGUGGGGACUCAGUGGAGGGAAGAGGAGGGGUUCGUCAGGGCGAGAUUGCGGAGAUUGGGGGAGUUGACCAUGGGAGCGGGGAAGGCCGAGUUGUUGUAUAGGGCGAGGGAUAUUCUGCGCCUUCUGGGCGUCGUUACGCAGGCUGUGUUGCUGAUCUGCGACGCAGCGGUUACGGGAGAUGAAGUCGCGAUCGAGGCGGCGAGGAGGUGGGUGAGAAUGGCGGGAAGCGACAUGUGGAGGGAUUAUGAGAGGUCGGACGAGACGGCGAGGAUGGAUCGGUUGAUUUUCCUUGGUGAGGACGACGUCGAGGCGGCUGGGAAGGCGAAGUUGUAACAGUUUCUCUUGGAAGACGGUGGGAAAUGGGGGCAUGGAAGUCAAGAAGAGGGACAUGGUCAUAGCGACUCUCGCUUUUUCCCCAUUUCCAGCCCAUUUGUCUCAUCUCUGGCGGUAUGAAUACGUAGGAACACAAGCGGCAGUGUUCUAUGAAAACACAGAACCCCUCCCUUUUCACUGGUAUGAACCGCACUCGCCCGUCGAGCAUGCCCAGACCCUC